AUGCCAUGGGCCGGACUAGUUCAGAUUCACCCUUUUAAUAAACUGAAGAGAUGGUCAGACGAAUAUGGCAAACAAAUUCGCCCAACCGACGACAAUGGCAAUCCAAUCCAUCAAACAGGUGCCACUGGCACUGGGACAUAUGGGACAGCGGGCACCCAUGGUGGCGCACCGGAGACUGGUACUGGCUAUGGCGUCGGACAUAACAAGGAUCACCAUGGAGUCUCAGGCAAACUUCACCGUUCCGGAAGCUCAUCAAGUUCUAGCUCCUAUGAAGAUGAUGGACAUGGUGGGAGGAGGAAGAAAGGGCUGAAGGAGAAGAUAAAGGAGAACCUACCAGGGCAUCAUCAGAAGGAUAGAUCUCAUGCCACUUCUACUACUACGCCCCAUGAAGCAGAGGAACACCAUCAAAGCAGAGGAAUUGUAAGGAAGAAGGAGAAGCUUCCAGGAGCGCACCAUCACACCCACGAGGAGGGUCGCCAGUACUAGGCUACUCUACUAGCUGCCUAAAUAACAUGCAUGUAGCCUACUGAUAUAAUAUAAAUUGUAUUAGUUAUAAUUUGAGUUGGCGCGUGAUAAGUGAUGCAAAUGGCAGUUUGAACUUGCAUGGGU